AUGGCUUCUGCGCUCGAGAAGAACGAGCUUAAGGUCCAGGGCGUCGUCGAGGCUGCCCAGGACCCCGAGAGCAACGUAACCGCCGAUGACGCCCAGAAAAAGAUCGUCGAGGAGUCCAAAAAGGCCGGUAUCACUGCCUUCACCUUCGACCCGGACGCGAGUCCUGAGGAGAAGCGCCGCCAAGCUGCCGCUGCUGUUCCAGCAGGCUUCCACUCGCAGCGAGCCAAGGCCGACCUGCCGCCCCCGACCAAGGAGGGUGUCAUUGAGCUUGCUAAGGACAAGGACGGAAAGCCCAUCAAGACUGGCGAGGACCCAGAGGGCAACGACGAAGAACCCUAUACGCGAACGGGAUGGGCUCCCCAGUUCGGCUGGCCCGCCGACGAAGUGCACGAGGGAGCUAGUAUGCUGGACCAUUCCACCUGGCUAGAGAGCAACCUCCCUGACAAGUUCUACGGAGACUGGUACCACAAUGCUGCUGUCAUCGCCUUCGCCUGCAUUUCCUCUUGGCUUGUGGCCGUCUUGGGCGGCGGCCUCGGCUGGGUCUUCAUCCUCAUGGCUGCUUGCUCGACCUACUACCGGACCUCCAUUCGCCGAGUCCGCCGCAACUUCCGCGACGAUAUUAACCGUGAGCUCUCCCUGAAGAAGCUGGAGACGGAGACCGAGUCGCUUGAAUGGAUCAACUCCUUCAUGCUUAAGUUCUGGCCCAUCUAUCAGCCCGUUCUCGCCCAGACCAUCGUCAACUCGGUUGACCAGGUCUUGAGCUCGGCCACUCCCGCCUUCUUAGACAGUUUGAAGCUGAAGACGUUCACGCUGGGCUCCAAGCCACCGCGCAUGGAGCAUGUCAAGACGUACCCGAAAGCCGGCGAUGAUACUGUCAUCAUGGACUGGAAGUUUAGCUUCACUCCCAACGACACGGCCGACAUGACUUACAAGCAAAUCAAGAACAAGAUCAACCCCAAGGUCGUUUUGGAAAUCAGAGUCGGUAAGGCUAUGAUCAGCAAGGGCCUUGAUGUCAUCGUUGAAGACAUGGCUUUCUCUGGUAUCAUGCAGCUCAAAAUCAAGCUGCAGAUCCCCUUCCCUCACAUCGAAAAGGUGGAAAUGUGCUUCCUGGAAAAGCCUACGAUCGACUAUGUCUGCAAGCCUCUGGGAGGUGAGACGUUUGGUUUCGACAUCAAUUUUAUUCCCGGUCUUGAGACCUUCAUCCUCGAGCAGAUCCACGGCAACUUGGCUCCCAUGAUGUACUCGCCCAACGUGUUCCCUAUUGAAGUCGCCAAGAUGCUUGCCGGCACGCCGGUCGACCAGGCUAUCGGCGUCCUUGCCGUUACACUCCAUGGUGCCCAGGGACUCAAGAACCCCGACAACUUCUCUGGUGCUCCUGAUCCUUACGCCGCAUUGACUCUGAAUCGCCGCCAGCAGCUUGCCCGUACGAAACACAUCAAGGACACUGGAAACCCCCGCUGGAACGAAACCCACUACAUCAUCAUCACUUCCUUCAACGACUCCCUCGACAUCCAGGUUUUCGACUAUAACGAUUUCAGGAAGCACAAGGAACUGGGCGUGGCGUCUUUCCCCUUGGAACAGCUUGAGGAACUGGCUGUUCACGAAAACGAAGUUUUGGAAGUCAUUGCCGACGGCAAGGCCCGCGGCCAGCUGACAUGCGACAUCAGGUUUUUCCCAGUUCUGGAGCCCCAGAAGUUGGACGACGGUACUUUGGAACCGCCCCCCGAAUCCAACACCGGUAUCCUCAGGUUUACCGUUGAGCAGGCAAAGGAUCUUGAUGGCACCAAGAGUCUCGUCGGGCUCCUGAACCCCUACGCGACGCUCCAUCUCAAUGGCCGGGAUGUCCACCAUACGAAGAAGCUUAAGCGAACCAACAACCCCAUCUGGGACAACGGAUCCAAGGAGAUGCUCAUUACUGACAGGAAGAACGCCAAACUCGGAGUCACGAUCAAGGAUGACCGCGAUCUCACCGGUGACCAGGUUAUUGGAAAGUACCAGAUCAAGCUCGAAGACUUGUUGGAAUGCAUGGAAAAGAGCCAGGAAUGGUUCCACUUGGCCGGUGUCGCAACGGGCCGUGUCAAGAUGAUGGCCCAGUGGAAGCCAGUCGCUCUUUCCGGUGUCGUCGGCGGCACUGGCGGCUACGUCACUCCCGUUGGUGUCAUGCGUUUCCACUUCAAGAACGCACGCGAUCUUCGCAACUUUGAGACCCUGGGCAAAUCCGACCCCUACGUGAGAGUACUUCUCUCAGGCAUUGAGAAGGCGCGCACGGUCACUCACAAGAACACUCUGGAUCCAGACUUUGACGAGGUCCUCUACGUCCCAGUUCAUUCUGCUCGGGAGAGACUGACUCUUGAGGUCAUGGACUCGGAGAAGAUGGGCAAGGACCGCAGUCUCGGUCUGGUUGAGGUUUUGGCUGGCGACUACAUUUCACAGGCUGAGAAUGGCGAGUACAAUGUUCAUGACACAAAGAAGAUCUUCCAAGGCGGACUGCAACUUCACGGCAAGGGCAUUGCGAAGGGUGUCUUGACCUACACGGUUUCAUUCUUCCCCUGCCUCAAUGUUGCCGAUCCUGAGGAAGAGGAGGAGCAGGAGAAGGCAGCAGCUGCCGAGAAGGCGAUCGAGGAUGCCCCUAGAUCCACGGAGGCCGGAAAGUUCAGCAGCUCCAUUGAAGCGAAGAAGGACGGAGCCGAGCUGGAAAUCAGCCCGCCCAAGACCCCGGUUACCCCGGUCUCGCCUUCAUUCCCGAGAAAAUCCAGGGAUGAAAGUGGUCCUCCUAAGAUUCGCCUUUCCCCUCAGGAGCUUCUGAAAUACGAGUCUGGCCUCCUGAUUUUCAAACUCAUGGAAGCAGAGAUGCCAGAGCACAACACGCAUUUGGAGAUCUGGGUCGACGACAUGGCCUUCCCUUCGUACACGUCAUCGGCAGCCAAGCACAAGAAGCAUACGUUUGAGGAAAUCGGCGACUGCUUCAUUCGAGAACUGGACUUCUCCCGCCUCACCCUCAAGGUGCGAGAGAAGGGCGACAAGGUCGAGGGAAGUGAGAAGGACAAGGAUCACACUAUUGCCAAGCUACAGGGGAACACUCUGGAUACGCUGAAGCAGUGUCUGAACAACCCCACCACUCUCAAGCUGAAGGACAAGGACAACCGCCCAAGCAGUGUCAAGGUCAGCCUCAAGUACAUUCCCGUCAAGAUGCAACUAGACCCGAGCGAGAGUAUCAACAAUAUGGGAACUCUCCGUGUCGAUGUCUUGGACGCGCAGGACCUCCCCUCGGCAGACUCAAACGGCAAGAGCGACCCGUACUGCAAGUUCGAGCUCAAUGGCGAAGACGUGUACAAGACCAAGGUGCAGAAGAAGACCUUGCAUCCUGCUUGGAAUGAGUUCUUCGAAGUCCCUGUGCCUUCAAGAACUGCUGCCAAGUUUAAGGUCACCGUCUGGGAUUAUGACUUUGCUGACAAGCCUGAUUUCCUGGGAGCUGCCGAUAUUAACCUCGAGCAGCUGGACCCAUUCAGGCCAAGCGAGAGUCGUUUGCUCCUGGAUGGCAAGUCUGGUACAAUCAGAUUGAGGAUGCUCUUCCGGCCGUCUUACGUUACCCGAACCCGCCAAGGCACUUCGACAUUUUCCGGCACAUUUGCGGCGCCCGGAAGAAUCGUCACUGGCAUUGCGGGUGCGCCAAUCAAGGUUGGAAGCACGGUUGGUCACGGUGUGGGCAGAGGGGCUUCAUUCCUCAAGCGUGGUCUGUUUUCGAAGAAGGACGACGACUCCAACGAAGCAUCAUCAAGUUUCACUGAGAUCCCGACCAUUGUCGAGAACGGCAACAGUCCCCCUGCUCCCACCCCCGGCCUCGGCCUCAAGCGAGCAACUGGAUUCUCUACCUCUGAUGGUAGUGAGUCCCCUGACACGCGUCCAGGAACCUCUAAUGGCUCAAGCUUGGGGCACACUCGCACGAAGAGCAACGGCGCUGCCUCUAUCCAUAGCGUGACCCCAGGCUCACCGGGCUCUGGAACUGCUUCCUUCACCGUCGUAUCUGCCACGGGUUUCCCUCCGUCAACUGACCUUUACAUUACCAUCAACCAACUGACGCCCAAGCCCAAAGUAGUCGGCAAGACUAAGCACCACAAGGAUUCUACUGGCUUCUUCCGGUACAACGAGUCCUUCAAGUGCACAUGCACCCCCGACACUCAAUUCAAGAUCGAAGCGAAGGGCGAGCACACCCUUAGGAGCGAUGAUGAUCUGGGCGAAGCCCUUUACUUCGUUGACGAUUCCGGAAUGGGAGGCGAAAAGGAGAUCAAGGUUGGAAGCGGCACGGUGGUCCUGAGGAGUACAUUCACUCCGUCGGCUAGCGCCUUAGAGCCUGACAGCCCGAAGCCUCCUGUUCGCCGUAGCUUCAUGGGCAAAAGGGAAAGUCGCAGCAGAGAGGGAACGCCAAACUGA